UGAACGCAUGCCGGAGUGAGCGCAUGUGUGUGAGUGUGGUGUGGUUUGGUGUGUUUGUGUGUGUGUGUGUGUGUGUGUGUGUUUGUGUGUGGAGUGUGUGUGCGUGGUGUGGAUGGGUGUGUGUGUGUGUGUGUGUGUGUGUGUGUGUGUGCGUGGUGUGGUGUGGUGUGGUGUGUGAGUGUGUGUGUGUGUGUGUGUGUGUGUGUGGUGUGGGUGUGUGUGUGCGUGGGUGUGUGUGUGUGUGCGUGGUGUGGUGUGUGAGUGUGUGUGUGUGUGUGUGUGUGUGUGUGUGUGUGUGUGUGUGUGUGUGUGUGUGUGUGUGUGUGUGUGUGUGUGUGUGUGUGUGUGUGUGUGUGUGUGGAGCGCAAGUGUGUUUGCAUUGUGCACCAGAAGCAGGAGAACAAGAGGAGAGGAGCACACUGUCCUGCUCUCGCUUUUUCUUCCAUUCUGCUGUUGCUCUGCCUUGGACACCUGAACAAGACAAGAACUGAGGGGAGUGGAGUGUGUGUGUGUGUUGUGGGGGUGGGUGGGUCAGGCAGGGAAAGAUGAGAUCAAAGAGCCAGGUGAGGAGGAGACACAGGAGCGUCUGUUUCUUUCUCUCUCUCUCUCUCUCUCUCUCUCUCUCUCUCUCUCUCUCUCUCUCUCUCUCUCUCUCUCUCUCUCUCUCCUCUCUCUCUCUCUCUCUCUCUGACGCGCUGUAGUCUGUGUAUGUGUGAGGGAGAGAUCCAGCCAAAUCGGUCCACUUCCCUCAUCCAAGCAGACGGUGAACCUGGAGAGGAAGGAGCAGCCCGUCUCCACACUAACUAUUAAAGAGUCCAACCCCUCCAACCAGAAACCUCUCAACAUCAUUAAGAAGGCAUCAUUCUGUGGGAGGACAAAGAUAAAGUGUUGUACCUUCACCUGGAUCGUCAUCGAGUGAGGCCUUCUCCUACCACUCCAGAGAUCCAUCCCUUCUCCUACCACUCCAGAGAUCCAUCCCUUCUCCUACCACUCCAGAGAUCCAUCCCUUCUCCUACCACUCCAGAGGUCCAUCCCUUCUCCUACCACUCCAGAGGUCCAUCUCAUCCCUUCUCCUACCACUCCAGAGGUCCAUUCCAUCCCUUCUCCUACCACUCCAGAGGUCCAUCCCUUCUCCUACCACUCCAGAGGUCCAUCCCUUCUCCUACCACUCCAGAGGUCCAUCUCAUCCCUUCUCCUACCACUCCAGAGGUCCAUCUCAUCCCUUCUCCUACCACUCCAGAGGUCCAUUCCAUCCCUUCUCCUACCACUCCAGAGGUCCAUCUCAUCCCUUCUCCUACCACUCCAGAGGUCCAUCUCAUCCCUUCUCCUACCACUCCAGAGGUCCAUCUCAUCCCUUCUCCUACCACUCCAGAGAUCCAUCCCUUCUCCUACCACUCCAGAGAUCCAUCCCUUCUCCUACCACUCCAGAGGUCCAUCCCUUCUCCUACCACUCCAGAGGUCCAUCUCAUCCCUUCUCCUACCACUCCAGAGGUCCAUCUCAUCCCUUUUCAAACCACUCCAGUGGUCCAUCUCAUCCCUUCUCCUACCACUCCAGAGGCCUAUCUCAUCCACAGUCCAGACUUCCACCAUCUAGUCUGGUUACCAGGUGCACGACCAGACUUCAUCUCUAGAAUGAUAGUGGGAUUUUGCCAGACCGCCACCUGUCCAGGGUGACCUGUCCAUGACCUGUCCAGCUCUACCUGCCCUGAUAGACAGUACCCCCGCCACCUGAGCCUCUGUUCCACAUCCCUAGCCCACCCCCCAAACACUCCCAGUCCCCCAGUUCCUCAGCCCCAACCCACCCCUCAAAUCCCCCCGGUCCCCUGGUUCCUCAGCCUCAGCCCCAACCCACCCCCCAAACCCCUCCAGUCCCCCUCUUCCUCAGCAACCAGCCCGAAGCAGGGGAGGAUGGGUGAUGGGCCUGUGAGUCUCCCUGGUCUCACUCCUUCCUUCUCUCUCAUCCUCUCAUGGAGCCUCCUGUUGACAGCUCCACCUCCCCCUGGAACUCUUCCCAGUCCUCUCUCUCCGGACUUCCAGGUCCCUGGCUCCCAGCCUUCCCAGCCUCGCUGCACCCCAAUGCCUCUAAAGUGAGUCUUCCCGUGGGCACCGGCGCCAGCAGAGCCCCCCUGGCCCAGUCCCUGGCCCUGUGUGUGAUGCUUCUCAUGGACCUCUUAGCGGUCGUAGGCAACCUAGCCGUCAUGGCUGUCAUCACCAAGACGCCGCAGCUGAGGAAGUUCGCCUUCGUGUUCCACCUGUGUCUGGUUGAUCUGCUGGCGGCUCUGGUUCUGAUGCCUCUGGGCAUGCUGCCGGACCGGGUUUUGGCGCACGACGAGGCACUGUGCCGGAGCUACCUCUGUCUUAGCGUGGGUCUGGUCAGUGCCGCCAUCUUGUCUAUCUCUGCCAUCAACGUGGAGAGGUACUAUUAUAUUGUCCACCCCAUGCGCCAUGAGGUCAAGAUGACCGUGGGGGUGGUUGUGACCGUGUUGGUCGGGAUCUGGAUCAAAGCUAUUGUCACGUCAGCAAUGCCACUCCUGGGCUGGGUCUUCCAGGGGAGCCAGGGAGUAGGGGUCGAACUCGGAGAGGGACUAGAGGCUCCCAUGAUCCCGAGUCAUCCAAGCCAGAGACGUUGCUCCCUACACUGGACCGGAGGAGGAGGGACCACACGGUUAAUAUUCAUGCUCUUCUUCACCUUUGUCUACUUCCUGUGUCCAGUGCUGAUCAUCCUUGUUGUGUACUGUAACAUGUUUAAAGUAGCCAGGGUUGCAGCCAUGCAGCAUGGCCCCUUACCUACCGGGAUGGACACACCUGGGCCCCGCCCUCACCGCUCCGAGUCCCUCAGCAGCCAAUCCACCAUGGCUGCCAGCCUGGGAGGCCCCGGAGGUGGCCCUGGGGGCCCAUGUCCUCCACUCCGCACCCCCAGUCAGAGGACCUUCAACGGGGGUAAAGCUGCGGCAGUCCUGGUGGCGGUUGGAGGCCAGUUCCUAUGCUGCUGGCUGCCUUACUUCUCCUUUCACCUGUACGCCGCCCUGGUCUCCACCCCCCCGGCCUCCCUGGCUUCGGACCAGAUGGAGGAAGUCGUGACCUGGAUCGGUUACUUCUGCUUCGCCUCUAACCCCUUAUUCUACGGCUGUCUGAACCGGCAGAUCCGCACGGAGCUGGGCCGAAGCCUGGCCUGUAUCUUUAAGCGGGCGGGGCCGGGCGACGGGGAUCAGCUGGCCAGCCGAGAGGCCUCCAUCGAGGAGAACUUCCUCCAGUUCCUUCAGGGGACAGGGUGCAAUCUGGAGCCCUGCGAAUCUCAGGCACACAGCAGGGCUAGCAGGGCUAGCAGGCCAGAGGAGCUGGAGGAGGCGGGGGAGAGGGGCCCUCUUCGAGACGGACCUUGUCAGGAGAACACGCGGGUCCAGGAACACACGCCUGUUGACUUCCACAUCCCUGGACAGAUUAUCGAGGAGACCUCUGAGUUCUUGGAGCAGCAGCAUCUGAAUCUGAACAAUGACAUCAACCUAGCAGACAACUGCUGCAGGGUACACAGAACAUUGCUGGACAGCGCCUGAGCUGUAGCUGACACCGGCCACUCAUGUGUACAGUAGGCCUUUUUUUGGGUGGGGGGUUGGGGGGGGCAGGCCUCAGAGGUGGAAACACUAAAGUCUUAGUCUGUAGAACAAGCACCGGUGUAGAGUCCUAUGGUGGAAACGGCAGAUAGAUGCCAUGUUCUUUAGUAUGUCUGAGUAUUCCAUCUGAUGCUGGACUUGAUGGUGUUGUGUCCACAUUUGCUACAGUGUGAUUAUGGGACAUGACGUGUACAUAGCAAGUAGUUACUACUACAACUCUAAUGUAUAGAGUUGCUAUCUUCUCUUGAAGAUUUCAUGUUGUUAUUAUCAGUCUAAAUCUCUAUGUUCAUUCUUCUGUCACUAGAAUCAGGGUUCCUUUGCGGGAAGGUUAUUUAAAUUCAGUAAACUCCAGAAGUAAAACAGACAUUUUAAAUCCAAUCAAUCCUCCAUGCUUUUCUAUGAGGUUUAGUUCCUGAAUUACCGUAACCCUGGUAUGAUGACAUUGCUACCCAUUUUCUAUCAAGACCAAAACUCCUUACAUUAAAUAUAUUUACUGCCAGUCUA